UUUAAAUUACAGUUAACAAAUUUGUACAUUUAAAAAAACAACAAAAAACAAAUUAAAGAUUUAUUAAGCAUAGACUAAGUAUUAAGAAAGAAACAAAGAAAAAGCACCAUGAAAUUAGAUUUUAUAAAGCAGUACUAUUAGACAAUAUUACUUAUUAUAGAGGACAGACCGAAGUAUGAGAUACCAGUUAAUUUUUACAAGACAUUAAUAUUUAUUUCAUAUCUUCAGAUAUUAAUUUAUUUAAUAUCUCCACAUGAAUCUAAAGUUAUAGAUGAUUUAAAAAUGAUUGCAGUUGCUUAAAUCGGCUAAAUGAUUUCUCUUCGUAACAUCUUAGCUGCUAAGGAUAGCGACACAUUUUCAUUAAUAGUUUACAUUCUAAUACAGGUAUUUAUGUAUUCCUAUUUUAUUUAUGUAGGAGUGCUGGCUUUUAUCUCUCAUCAUAUAAAAAGUUUUUAUGAAAAUUACAAAAAAGUAUUUGUAUAAAUCAAUUAGAUUCUGAACAUGUACUUUGCACUUUUUAUUUAAAUUUUUUUCACUUAAUAUGUGGAAAUGAAUACUAGUAUUCUGUUUUGCAGUUCGAGAAGUCUCUUUAAUACAAAUCGCGUUACUUCUACAAAUUCAUCCUGCAAUAUAGCCUCUUAUUAACCUUUUAUUGGUUCAAUAGGGCUUGUGUUAACUCUCUUUACUGCAUGGAUUACAACUUAUUUUUUUAGAAAUUAUGAGUUUUUAGAGUUUAAUUUAAUCAAAAGAAAAAUGAGCAAUUUGUUCUAAAUCAUCAUAGCAUUAAAAUUUGUUUUAUCUAUAAUUUAUUAUUCCAAUACAUCCUAAGAACAAUUUGCUAAGCAUGUUUUAUCUCACGUUAUAGGAAUUGUUAGUAUAGUAGACUUUUUCUUAAACUAUCCUUAUUCAGACACUAGAGUAGGAAAAUUUUACUUGAAAGUUAUAUCUUGGUACUAUUCACUAACAAUAAUGACUCAUGUUUGGAUUUAUACUAACUAGAUUAGUAGCUAUGAGCUAUUCUAUUACUCCUUACUUCUUGGAGUUUUAGCAGAAUAUUUCUUGCAAUCACUAAAUGAUUACAGAUAUAAUAAAAUUUUAGUUACAGAAGUCAGACCAAAUUAUAUUCCUAGUAAAUUAGAUUUUUUUUUGGAAGAAAUAGUUAGACUUGCUUAAGAAAGUAUAAAAGAUGAGCUAUCAAAAGCGAAACUCUUUAAAGCUAUCAAGAGUCAUCAGCAAUCAUGUCAAAAUAGCGAUUGCAGUUGCAACUUUUUGAAUUAAUCUUUGUCAGGAUAAAAUCAAAAAAUAUAAACAAAUAAAUAAGCUAAAACAAAAGAAGCAAAAGAAUCUUAAAAUUUAGCUAGUAAUGAUAGCUUUAGAGCAAUAAAUGAAACUAACAAUUUGCAACAAAGCUAAAAAUUAAAAACUAGUAAAGACUAGCAAAGCAACGAAGAUGAAUAGGCAUAAUUUGAUUUAAAUUUUGAUUAAAUUUUAUAAAUAAUAGACUCAAUUUUUAAAUAUUUUCUAUCAUAGCAAGUUAUCAAAAAAAAUUAAGUUGAAUAUGAACAUCUCUCCCUUAAGUAUAUUACGUUUAUGAUAAAAUACUUAAAGAAUUAUACAAGAUCUAACUUUGAAUUGAAGCUGCUUUAGUUCUAGCGUGAUGACUUUUCUUCUUAUUUCAAAAUGAUUUCUUAGAUAAUUUCAAAUAAAAUUGAAGCUGUCAUUUCACAAAUGAACAUUUAAUUAGAGCUUAGAAGAAAAGAUGAAAUAACUGUUAACUAAUUGAUGAAAGUAAAUGGAGUGAUAGAAUUAUACAUUCCUUAAAUAUAUAAGAUUAUGUCAGAAAAAUAAAAACUAUGGACCUCUCUUCAAAAAGGUUAUCGAAAUAUAAAUUAGUUUUAAGAUGAAGCAGUCAAACUAAUGAGAACAGUCAAAAAUACAAGAAAUUAAUUUUUCAAGGAUAUGCGCAACUUAGAUAAAUAGCACAAACUCAAUUAAUGCUUGCAUUACUAAAAGCUUUAUCUAGUUUUUUACCUUUUUGUGAUGAAUGAUGGUGUUCGAGCUUAUGAAUUAGAAGCACAAGUUUAGGAUCUAAGAAAACGUGAUAGCCUUAAAGAAAUUGAUACUUUAAGCAAUGAGAACUACUUGAGAUAAAAUAUAAUUAAUUUGACUAUGAGUUUAUCUUAAAGUUUAGGUAAAAUAGUUAGCAAAAAAGAUGAAAAGACUGCUUAAUUUUUUAGUUACUCCAAGUAAAAUUUCUUAAAAAUACAAAAAGUAAAUGAGCUAAUGCCUUCAUUUUUCUCUCGCUGUCACGACAAAAUUUUGAAACAAUUUGUUAAGAGAGGCGAAAGUUAGUAUGUAAAAUCAAGUAAAUUUGUUUUUGCUAGAGAUUAAAGAGGCUUUGUUUUUCCUGUUAAGCUCUAUCUUGAUUUUUCAUUUACAGUUUCUAAUGAUUUUCAAGUCAAUGGAACAUUGUUAAAAGUGAAUUAAGUCAAUGAUUACAUAAUCUUUCAUAGAUCUGGAAAGAUAAUAGGCUUGACCAAUAAAAUAGCUUAAUUAAUAAUGAGCUAGAGUACUUAAGGAGGCUAAAAGCUUCCUUCAGGUGAUUUCAUUUGCCAAAAUUUGAAUGCUCAUCUGCUCCUACCUAAAAUUUCUAAGAGAAUAUUUAGGCAAAAAGAUUGGAUUCUUCAAAAUUUAAGAUCAGAUGGAGAUGUGAUGAUAUAAGAUAAAAAAGGCUAAAUAAUUGUUUCAAGUAAUCCUUUAUUAUAAAUGAAAAAACUUCAAACGUAUUCCAUGAAAAUGAAUUCAACAACAUAAGAGAAAAGGUCUAGAAUUAAUGUUAAAAAUACUGAAUUUGAAAAGUUGGAUUUAUUUAACGAAAACUCUUUUGAUCUGGUUAAUAGUUUUUUGAGAUAAGAAGUUGAUGCCUCUUCUGCAGGAGGAUUAUCCUCAGGUCGCUAAUCAGGUAAAAAUUCCAAUAAGUCCUUUGUUUCUAAGCAAUCUACAUUAGGUAACAAGAACUAACAAUAUAGAAUAAGAUUUAGCUAUACAUUAAAUUUUAGUUGCAUAUCAACUUAACUAAAUACAGAGAGUGAUUUAUUUUUCUCUCUAAAAAUGAAUGAUGUCAUUGCCACUAAAGUCAAAUAAAAGUAGAGAAGCUACUUUAGAGUCAAUCUUUGCACUUAUUUUCUAUCUACUUGCAUUGCUAAUAAAAUUUGCUAAAGGAAACAGUUAAUUUAAGGAUAAAAUUAAACAGAAAACAAUCCUCUUCAUAGUGUUUCUUAAACUUUAAAUGAAUGGACAUUUACAGAUGAUGAUAUACCGACAAAACUUGUCAAAUUGGCAGUGCUAACUGAAAGUUAAAUUUAAGCAUUAAAUUAGGGGAAGCAAAAAUAAAAUAAAGAGGUAAACAAAAGCUAAGAUUUGGAUGAUUAAGAAAAAUAACAAAAAAAAAUCAAUUCUGAAAGCAGUGAUGAGGAGGAUGACAACAACGAUUACACAGACUAAGAAGAUGAAGAUGAUGCAUAUAACAUUAACCUUCUGAAAUACAAGAAAAAAAUAUUAGAUUUUUAUGAAGAAAAAGCAAAAAAUGAAGAACUAAAUAAAGUAUUUACUGAUCAUAAUGUAAUCGAAAAAGAGGUCUUAAAAUUGGAUCCUAAUUUUAAAGUAAAAAAAGUAAUUCAAUUUAAAUCUUUUUCUUCUGCUUUUGGAAGAGCUUUUGAAACAGCGCUAGUUGAAGCUCUACUGGAAUAAGAAUAAGAAAAAAGUCUAUUUUUGGAAAGUCAAGUAGAUGAUAACUAAUAAAAUGAAGAAGCUACAUUCAGAGGAUAUAAUAAUGCAAACGAUGCAGUUCUUAAACCUCAACAAAUUUUUUUAAUGGAUAAAUCAAAAAAUAACAACAUAGUUAAUAAGUUAACUUAAUAAAGUAAUAUUUUGUAUGAUUAAUCUCCCCUUUCAGUCCAAAUCAAGCUUUAAGAUAAAAAUAUAAGCAUUAUUUAAAAAUAAGUUGAUAUUAGUAUUUAUGAUAAUAGUGCUAAUGAUUUAAGCAAUCUACCUUCGUUUAACAAUCAAAUAAAUAAUUAAAAUGAACAAAUUGACCUUUCUUCAUUUAAUUUAUAAUAAAAUAAAAAUGCCAAAUACUUCAACUAAUCAUCCAGGCCAUUUUUUAAGCAGCAAGAAGAGCUAAAUGUGAACGAUAAUGAAAUACUUAUGACCCCAUCUGUAGAGGAUCAUCAUAGAUAUAUUGAAGAAUCAAAUGCAGAAACUUUCUAGAAAGCCCAAGAGAAAAAAGAAAUGAAUAAAAAAAGUUCAUUAGAAGCAUCUACAACAAAUUAAAUGAACUCUACAUUAGGACCAAAAUAUAGGGAAUAAAGCUAAGUUAAUAUAGUGAAAAGUUAAUAGCAUAAUGCUAAUUUAAUUGUGAAGGAAAGUUUUUAAAAUUAAUAAAAUUAGCAGUCAAACUUAAGUAAAAGCGAUUAGAAAUAAUUAGAUCCUAGCCAAUUAAGAUCAGAUUAAACAAAAGAAAAUGGUGAAGCAGUAGACGAUGAAAGUGGCAAAGCCCACUAAAAAGUUGUAAUUAAGUUACUAAAUUAAAAAGGAUUAGUAGGAGUAGACUCAAUUAACAAAGGAAGUAUUCAUUCUUCUUCUAAAUCUUCUUAAAGUUAUGGUGGAAAUUUCUUAAAAGAAAUUAUUCAAAUGUGUAAGAUCCCUAAAAACUCAUACCAUUAUUCCUCGUUGUUGAUAUUCUUUAUUGUAGUCUUUUUUACUUUGAACAUCACAAACUUAAUGAUUAUAGAAAAUGAUAUUCAAUCUUUUACAAAUAAUGUUGUUGUUUUGAGAUAGCCUAGAAAAUUCUUAAGAAGCUAUUCAAAAGUUUUGUAUGGUAGACUAGUUUAAUAUGAAAUGUAAGCAAAAAUCCUAAAUGACCCUACAGGCUAAAUUAUGAAUACAACGAACUUUUACAUUAAAGAUGGCCUUUAAGAAUACUACUCACUAAUAUCAUAAUAUAACCCUACAAUGAUGCAAUAUAUGCAGGAAAUGUAAGCAACAUUAGAUAAUUCUACAAGAACAGUAUCAAUUUACUAAGACCUUAUUGGUCAAGACUAGGAUAUAGAUUUCUCUCUUUCAAUGGCAUAUAACCUAAACUUUUUGUACGGUGCAUAGCUAAACAGCACUGAUUUGAGAAUAAAAGAUUGCUACCUAUUCUUGAGAUAAAACUAUUUUUAGUUUAGCACAGACAUACUUAAUUUUGGUGAUUACUUGGUAAAUAACGCCCUAACAACAGUUGAUAACUUAAUUUUGAAAUUUACUAUAAUAGCAGUUUGCGCCAUUGUAGGUGUAAUAUUUGUUGCUUUUAUAUCACUCCCCAUUCUUCGUUUAAUAAAUUUAUAUGAAGAGAAAAUUAUGAUGAUAGUAUCACGCAUAAAUUAUGAUAAUUCCCAAAUAGAAAAGCUCAAGUUAAACGUUUGCUAAUAACUUAUAGAUAUAGAUUAAUAUGAUUGGCUAAAAUAUAACUUCAGUGACAUUAUUAGCCUAAAAUUUGAUUAGUUUGAUGCCAAUGUAGUGAAUUCACAACAUGACCUCACAAAAACUACUAACAGCAAAAAAGAGAGUGAUAAGGCAGCAAUAUCUAAUCUCUUGAAAAUGUAAUAAGAAAUAAAUAGACCUGAAUAUAAAUAAAAUGACUAAGUAAAUCAAAUAAUAGCUCAAGAAUAAUCAAAAGUAAAAAAAAAAAAACAAGCUAAAGUUUAUAAUGAUGGAAGUAGUAGCUACAAAGACUAUUAAAUGAGCUUAAGAAAUAAUAUCAACAAAAACUAUGUGUUGCAAUCCAAAAUAAUAAACUAAAAGCUUAGUGUUUUCUAAAGAUUCCUCCCAUUAUUAGGGUUGACAAUUUGCAAUACUGUAUAUUUUUUAGUAAUUAUUAUUUACCUCCAAAGUAGCAAGGAUUAACUGAAAAUUCCAGUCUAAAUGAAUUAAAGAACGAUUAGAAAUCACAUUUCUCAAUCUACUAUGAAAGUAUCCUAAGAACUCUUAACUUUUGAUUUCUUAGUACAAAAAAUGAUUUCAGGGAAGGAAUCUAAUGAUUUACAUUAAUAUCAAUUAAAAUUAAAUAAUAUGAUUGAUCUUUCUUCAUCAGCUAUUACUAACAACACUGCACUUGUAUAUGGUAGUAACCCAUUUCCAGCAAGCAUAUUGAAUUAGUUUAAAGAUUUUGAGCAAGGUAAUAUUUGCUCUUACUUAGUAAAAUUUAAUUGUACUUAAAGCUAAGUCGGAAAUAAAUAUGCUUCUAAUUUUAUUUUACAAAAUCAGCUUAAAGUUAUUUAUAGUUAUCCAGAUGUUAUUACUGAAAAAGAUGCUCCAAUUGAAUUAUUGUUGGCGUACUCUAAUUCUAACGAUCACUUUGAAACUUUUAUUUAGUCUUUUUUGAUAUAUGAUGAAGUGCUUGAUUUGUAUAGUUCUUAUGCUAACACAAGUAUAGGAACUAUUUCAAGUUAAGUAUAAACAUUCUUAGAACAGUAUCUAUAAAUAUUCGGAAAUAUAUUUGGAGUAUGCAUUAUAAUUGUCUGCUAUUUAUCAUGGAUGAAUCUCUAUUAAAGGAUUCAGUCGAUGAACCUAUUACUUACCUUUAUCCCAGAAGAAAAAUUAAUGGAAGAAGUAACUUUGUAAAUGCUCAAAUCUCUCAUAAGGAUGUGAAAUUAAUUAUCUUUAGUAAUUAUUAGUUGAUAAAUAAAAAGUAAAUGUUAAAGAUAUUUUUUCACUUUUAUCAUUUGUAGUAAAAUUAACCGCUUUAGCAAAGCAUGAAAAUCAUUAAUAUAAUUAUUGAAAGACAUUUCUUAGCCAAAUUAUAUUAUAAAUUAAGCAAAACAUUUUAUUUUAUUUGAUGUUUUUCUACUUUUAAAUUUGAAGAAUAAUUGAUAGCUCAAAAAAAAAAAAUAUCUCAUUAAAAUUAAAAACAAAAUUAAAGUUUUAGUAAAAAUGAAAAUAAUAGCCAUACUACUAAUUAAAUUAAUUAAAGCAAAUGCUUUAAAAAUUUAUUAGCAGAA